GCCUUUCUAUCUCUCUCGCGUUACAACUGAAGAAAAUUACCAGUGGAAAUCUCAGCUUACAGAGAACGAUGGGUUACGAUUAUGGCUUUUUGGAGCUUUUCAGAAGAGAAAUGGGAUUAUCUCGCCCACGAGACUCAGUUCGUCGAAUCUCUGCUUCUGAGGCUCUUGUGAAGCAAAUUGAUCUAUUUGGGAAGUUAGAAGGUCAUAGAGGUUGUGUAAAUGCAAUUAUGUUCAACUCUACCGGUGAUCUACUUGCGUCUGGCUCUGAUGAUCAACUAGUGAAGCUUUGGAAAUGGGAAACUAAGAAAUUAGAACUUUCAUAUGAUUCUGGCCAUCUUGACAACAUAUUUCAGGUCAAAAUUAUGCCAUUCACUGAUGAUAGAAGGAUAAUAACUUCCUCUGCUGAUGGGCAGGUUAGAUUGGGUGAAAUGCUGGAAAAUGGAGAAGUAGAAACAAAAAGGUUGGGUAAGCACCAAAAACGGGUACACAGUCUAGCAGUGGAGCCUGGAAGUCCCCACAUAUUCUAUAGCUGUGGUGAAGAUGGUGUUGUUAAACAUUUUGACCUGCGAAGCAACUCAACUAGAAAACUUUUCUAUUGCUCCUCCUUGCCUACAGAGAAGAAGCAUUCAAUAGUCGGCAUAAGAUUAAAUGCUAUUGUGAUUGACCCGAGAAAUCCAAAUUAUUUCGCUAUAGGAGGAUCUGAAGGAUUUGCACGUGUCUAUGACAUAAGAAAUUCAGAUAGGCUUGUGAAUACGUAUUGCCCCCAUCACUUGAUCGAGUCUCGUGAUGUUCAUAUUACGGCAUUGGCUUAUUCAAAUGAAAGUGAACUUCUUGUUUCUUAUAACAACGAGCAGAUUUAUUUGUUCAAGAAGAGCAUGGGUCUUGGUCCCUUACCAUACUCGGUUUCACAAGAGGAUCAACAGAAAUUAGAACAACCACAAGUUUAUUCAGGACAUAGGAAUUCACGGACAGUCAAAGGAGUCAGUUUCUUUGGACCCAAUGAUGAAUAUGUCAUGAGUGGCUCUGAUUGUGGGCAUAUGUUUAUCUGGAAGAAGAAAAGUGCUAAACUUGUCCGUUUAGCUGUAGGUGAUAAAUGCAUAUUGAAUCAACUAGAGCCUCAUCCAUAUAUGCCUGUUAUUGCAACAAGUGGACUAGAAAAAACUAUUAAACUGUGGGCUCCUUCAUCAAACGAUUUUCUUCCUUUGCCAGAGAAUGUAGAAAAGAUUAUGGAGUCAAAUAAGAAAGACAGAGAGGAACUUACACGUAUAACCCUCACUCCAGAUGUAAUAAUGCAUGUUCUGAGAUUGCACAGGAGGCAAGCAUUGGCUUAUGCUGAAAGAACAGCUGUUGGAGGAGAUGUGGACAGUAAUGAUGAUGAUGAUGAUGAUGAUGAAGAUGAUGAAGAAGAAGAUGAGGGCAUCUCUUAUGUUCUAGGUGAUGGCACUUCUGAAGAAGGAGAUCCCAGGGAGUGCAAUGUUAGCUGACUUAUAUGCUGGUCAAGAGAGCGCGGGGAUGGAGAAAAGAAAUAAACAUGAAUACAAGAGAGAUCACGGGACGAAAAACAAGAAAAAGACCACUUUGGGGAUUGAAUGGUUGUAAUAUUUUGGUGAAUUUGUUUAGUUUGCACCUAUUUCUUGCUGUGAAAGGAAGAGUACAGUUUUUAUGUGUAUAAUGGAUCCGUUGGUGAGUGUGUAAAGGAAGAAGGUGCAAAAGUAUAAGUAUGAUAGACUUAUGACUUAUCUUCAAAAUAAUAUAUUCAAAGUUUAUUAAUAA